AUUUUUCGAACCACGUCUUCCUUCGGCAUUUUUAUUUCGCCAUGGGAAGCUACGAGGCGGUUGUCAAUGGAAGCCAUGUAGCCUCCAGCUCAGCAAGUCCCUGGGUCGACGACCCUAUCGCGAUCGUUGGUAUAGGGUUACGUCUGCCUGGCGGAAUCCGCACAACUCAACAAUACUGGGAAUUCUUAAAGAACAAAGGAAGUGCCCGUAGUCGUGUCCCGGACAACCGUUACAGGACAGAGUCCUUUGUAGGCCCGGCUGGCAAGGCAGGCCACACGGCUACAGAGUAUGGGUAUUUUCUCAAUGACGCUGACCUGGGUGCGAUAGAUUCGUCAUUUUGGUCCAUGUCCCGGAAGGAAAUAGGGCUGAUGGAUCCUCAGCAACGACUGAUGCUUGAGGUUGCCUUCGAGGCCCUGGAGAACUCCGGUACAACCGACUACAAGGGCAAAGAUAUCGGGUGCUUCGUUGGCACAUUUGGCGAGGAUUGGGUUGAUCUGCAGUCUAGAGAUCCUCUGAACUCAGGGCUGUACCGAAUUCCGGGAUACGGAGAUUUUGCCAUCUCGAAUCGCGUCUCCUACGAGCUCGGAUUGACGGGGCCCAGUAUGACGAUUCGAACGGCCUGUUCAUCUUCCUUAACCGCUUUAUAUCAAGCAUGCCAUGCCAUUUAUGCGGGCGAAUGUUCAUCAGCCAUAGUAGGAGGAUGCAAUCUCAUCCUCUCGCCGCAUAUGACAAUUGCAAUGACCGAGCAGCGGGUCCUAUCACCCACCGGCGAAUGCAGAUCUUUCGAUGCUGAUGCCAAUGGUUAUGCGCGCGCAGAAGCAGUAAACGCUGUCCACAUCAAACGACUUUCCAGCGCCAUCAGGGACAAAGACCAGAUUCGCGCGGUUAUCCGCUCUGCAUGCAUUAACUCGGAUGGAAAGACAGCCGGCCUGUCAUUCCCGAGCUCAGAGAGCCAUGAGGAGCUCAUUCGCCGAAGCCACCGCCUCGCAGGGAUUACAGAUCUAUCCAAGACCGCAAUGAUUGAAUGCCAUGGCACCGGGACGCAGGUUGGAGACCCCUUAGAGGCCCGAGCUGUUGCGAAUGCAUUUGGGGAUUGGGGAAUUUUGAUCGGAUCCGUCAAAACGAAUGUCGGUCACAGCGAGGGCGCAUCCGGGCUCACCAGCGUAAUCAAGAUGGUGCUGGCCCUGGAGAACGCGACCAUUCCUCCCAACAUUAACUUCAAGACUCCCAAUCCGAAAAGCAAGUAUUUCAUAAACGCCGGCCUCAGGGUUCCGGUGGACUGUGAAUCGUGGCCCGAGGGCAAGGCAGAGCGCGUUGGUGUGAACUCGUUCGGAAUUGGAGGUGCUAACGCGCAUGUGCUACUAGAGUCGACUGCAUCGGUUAUGGAGAAGAGCAUUCCGGUCAACAGUGAUAAACUGCAGAGCCAUGCCCCAAUCCAACUACUUACCUUCUCAGCAACACACCCGGAGGCUUUGAAAGGCAGCAUGGAGAGCGUGCGGCAGUAUCUCGAGCAGAACCCAACAAGGGCCUCCGAUGUGAGCUAUACGCUAUGCUGCAGGCGUCAAAAGUUUCCACACUGUGCAUUCGCCUUGACAACAGAGGAUGGAGGCCUAGACUUCUCGCCUGUACAGAAAUGUGGAGGUACUCCUGAUUUGGUCUGGGUCUUUACUGGGCAAGGCGCGCAAUAUGCACAAAUGGGCAAAGAGCUUCUACUUCAUAGCCGUAUAGCGAGGGACACGAUCACAAGGCUAGAUUCUGCUCUAGACUCAUUCGACGUUGUAAGAGACUGGCGCUUAGAAGGUGAAAUAUUGAAACCUGAGUCGGAAACACGAGUGUACGAUGCCGAGUUCUCGCAACCUUGCUGUACCGCCAUCCAAAUAGCCCUGGUGGAUGUUUUACGAUCAAUCGGCGUAAAGCCUGCAGCAGUCGUAGGACACUCAUCUGGUGAAAUUGCUGCUGCAUAUGCAGCGGGUGCACUUACAGCGGAGGAGGCCAUUGCAGUUGCAUACCAUCGCGGCCAAGUCAGCAGCAUUGCUGAGGACGGCGAGAAAGCUGGCAUGAUGGCCGUUGGGCUUGGGAGAGCACAGGUGUCCCGCUACUUGAAUAUCGGAGUCACCGUUGCGUGCGAGAAUAGUCCCAACAAUGUCACGCUCAGCGGAAAUCCAAGCUCACUUGAUGCUAUAGAAAAGGAUAUCAAGGUUGAUUAUCCUUCGGUGUUAACUCGCCGGUUGCGCGUCAAAUGUGCAUAUCAUUCAGAUCAAAUGAAACAAGUCGAGGCGGACUAUCUAGAAAGACUCAGACAGCAUGUGCAUGAAGUGCAAGAACGACAGGUCGAAACCGUGUUCGUUUCGACAGUCACCGAGGAAAUCAUGCACACAGGCGACCAAUUUGGGCCACAGUAUUGGUGCCAAAAUUUGAUUUCGCCAGUUCUCUUCAGCACUACUGUGUCUAAUAUCCUAACGAAGAAAAUCGUCUCCAAGCCGGUUUUCCUGGAAAUCGGACCUCACUCGGCCUUGUCAGGCCCGUUAAGAGAGAUCGCGGCAGCGUCAAUUGGCAGCCCAGUCCCCUACAUUUCCACAUUGGUACGCAAGAAUAAUGCCUAUCAGAGUAUCCUUCGUACAGUUGGGCAACUGUUCACGUCGAAUGUGGACCUGGAUUUAUUAUCUCUUUGCAAAGGGACGCUUUUGCAUGACCUUCCCGGUUAUUCCUGGCACUAUGAUGGUAGUUACUGGUCUGAAUCAAGGGUUACUAAAGAUUGGAGGCUCCGUGAAUAUCCUCGCCAUGACCUGCUCGGGUACAGGAUCACUGAUGGGAAUGACCAAGAGCCAACUUGGAGAAAUAUCCUAGACCUUGAUAACAUCCCUUGGGCUAGAGACCAUGUCAUUUUCAAGGAUGCUGUUCUCCCUGCUGCUGCAUAUGUUACCAUGGCCGGCGAGGCCGUACGCCAACUCAGUGGCCAUCCCGAUUUUAGUGUGCGUAAUGUCAAUAUUCUGGCAGCAAUGGUUUUGAGUGAGGAGCAUCCGAUAGAGGUAGUCUCGCAAUUUCGACGGUCCCGAUUGACCACAACCCUGGAUUCCGAAUGGUGGGAUUUCACCAUCACGAGCCAACUGGAUGGAACAUGGAGAAAGCAUUGUACAGGGCAAGCUCGCGGUGGCCGUGAUUACCCAGUGGCUAUGCCGCUUCCUGUCACUGGACAACGAAAAGUCGAAUCACAAGCUUGGUAUCGAACAAUGCGGAAAUUCGGUCUUAAUUAUGGUCCCCGAUUCCAGGGGCUGAGAAGUAUCACUGCCAGUGUAUCAUCAAAGGCCGCAACUGCCGACAUUCAGGACUCCCGGGAAUCAGGGGAAAGCCACUAUACAAUGCAUCCAUGCACAAUCGACUAUGUCUUCCAGUUGAUUACUGCCGCGCGCUUUCAAGGACUAGCUAGGCUAUUCGACCACACAGAGGUGCCCACCUUCAUCAGCGAGUUAUAUCUCUGUCCUCCAUCCGGAUCUAUUAGCAUCGAAGUCACAGUAAACGAAACACCAAACGGACCUCUUUCGAGCGAUGCAAUUGGGUAUUGCGGUACCGAUCUAGUUUUUUACUUACAGCAGAUGCGUCUAUCCAGGCUCAGUGAUGGUGAAGAGAUCCAUGCGGUUGAUCCACACGCUGGAUCCCACUUGGUUUGGAAACCCGAUAUCGAUGAUGUUGACAUGACCACUCUGAUCAGAAAAAUUCCCAACGUGUGGGAAGAUCAUUCAUUGAUCGAAGAAUUGGCGAUGUCGUGCAUGCUUGAGACAUAUCACCGUGCGAAAGGCACGACUGCCUCUGUAGCCCACCUGAAUAAAUUUCACGAAUGGCUAGGACUGCAGUAUGGUAGGGCGCGAGAUAGCAACUAUCAUAUGGUCCCAGCCUGUCAGGAAAUUGCGUCGAUGACUUCAGAGGAGAGGACCCGCCACAUUGAGACCCUAUACAGCCAAACUGCCAAUUCAAAGGCAAGACCGAUAGCAACACUCAUUACUCGGGUCUGUGAAGCAUCUGUCGGUUUAUUUACCGGGGAGGUGGACGCUCUAUCCCUGUUGAGAAAGGACGACCUGCUCACAAGUCUUUACAACUUCAUGCAGUUGUGUGAUUUCACCCAAUUCUUCCAGGUAUAUGCGCACAACAAACCCACAAUGCGUGUUCUUGAAAUUGGUGCCGGUACUGGAGGAAUAACCGCACUUAUUCUGCCCAAUCUCCACAGUGCGACUGGUCAGAGGAUGUACGAGUCAUACACUUAUACCGACGUCUCUGCAGGAUUCUUCAACGCAGCCCAAGAGCGAUUCAAACAGUAUGAGGGAAUCGUAUAUCACCCUCUAGAUAUCACAUCAGACCCCUUGGCCCAGGGCUUUGACCCAGGUUCAUACGAUCUGAUCAUUGCCUCCAAUGCAAUUCAUGUGACAACCAGCCUGCAGCAGUCUCUGCAAAACGUUGCUCGGCUUCUCAAGCCCGACGGAAAACUGUUUCUCCAGGAGCUAGCAUCGGAAACAAAAUGGAUCAACUAUGUCGUCGGCAUCCUCCCAGGCUGGUGGCUAGGAGACCAGGACAACCGUGAAUGGGAACCAUACGUGACGGCGGAACGAUUCAACGAAGACCUUCAGAAGUCGGGCUUUUCUGGAGUCGACGCCAUGGUUCAUGACGGUUAUCUCAAUGCUCACAUAAUUGCGUCACUAUCAAAUAGCCACCUCGAUCACAAGCAGCAGUUAACAGUACUUUGCGAAAUAACCCAAACAGCAACCGUGGAUGCAUUUAUAUCUACCUUUCAAGACAACGGGUUCGCCUGCGAUAUCCGACACCUUGGAGAAGAGCUUCCCGUGGAUCAGGUAAUCGUUUCAUUACUAGAGGUCGAUCGCCCAUAUAUUCACUCCCUUAGUGAAGAGGAAUUCUCACACAUCAGGAGUCUUAUAACAGGGCUUGGUACAACCCCACUUCUCUGGAUUACAAAGCCCUCGCAAGUGCGAUGUGAAGAUCCCCGGUAUGCUAUGAUCCUAGGACUACUGCGCACAGCCAGAACCGAACUUUCAGUUGCAGCUGUUACAUUGGAGAUUGAGACCUUCGAUGAAAAAGCUCUGGCUGCAACCAUCAAAGUGAUACGGAGAUUGACAAAAGGGGGCAUCGCUGAUGAGCGCUUUGAUCCUGUUAUGGAGUACUCUCACUCAGCCUCCAAUCUAAUGGUCGGGAAGUACUACCCGACGAUCGUUAGCAAUGAGCUGUUGGAUACAGCGGCGCAGCAAUCAGCCAGGAGGCUUGACAUAGGAAAGCGGGGCCUUCUUCAAACUCUUUCAUGGAAGCCAAAGAAGCUUGUCUUUCCGGACGACGAUUGGGUGGAAGUGGAAACUAAAGCUGUUGGCCUCAACUUCAAGGAUGUCCUCAUCGCGAUGGGAAUCGUGGACGGCAACGAGCUUGGGGCCGAGUGCUCCGGCAUUGUGAGGAAAGUCGGACCUGCAGUCCAAACCCUCCGGCCUGGGGAUCAUGUUUUAGUGUUUGCUGAAGGGUCAUUCUCGUCCACUCUGGUGACAAGUGAGAGACUCUGUGCUCGAAUGGCUCGGAAUUUAAGUUGGGCUGAGGCUGCUACCAUGCCUUGCGUCUUCGCCACGGUGCUAUAUUCUCUCCUUGACAUUUCACGAUUGAAACGUGGCCAGACGGUACUCAUUCACUCUGCUUGUGGUGGCAUCGGGUUGGCCGCAAUUCAGGUGUGCCGCUUCGUAGGCGCCGAAAUUUAUUGUACGGUUGGGAGUGAAAGAAAGGUACAGUACCUCAUGGAAGAGUUAGGGAUCCCAAGGGACCGAAUCUUUCAUUCUCGUGAUAAUACUUUCCAACGGGAUGUUCUUGCAGCCACCAAUGGUAGAGGAGUAGAUGUCGUACUCAACUCUCUAUCCGGUGAGCUUCUGCAUGCCUCCUGGAAAUGCGUCGCGAGUUUUGGUAUUAUGGUUGAGCUUGGAAAGCGUGAUUUCAUAGGCAAAGCAAAUCUAGCGAUGGAUAUCUUCGAAUCAAAUCGAACAUUUGCGGGAGUUGACUUUGCGCAAAUUUGCAGAGAACGACCCGAGAUCACGCAGGAUGUCUUGAGGAGGUGCAUGCAUCACUUCGCCCUUGGUGAUAUCAGUCCACUCCCCAUGCAUGAGUUCGCGGCUUCGAGUGUGGAGCAGGCAUUCCGAUACAUGCAAAAGGGCUCUCAUAUUGGAAAAGUCGUCAUAACAAUGCCAGAUUCGAGAGAAGAUGUUCCCGUAUCCUUAAUACCUAGAGUACCUAGGUUCUGUUCUGAUGCUUGCCACAUCAUUGUCGGAGGUCUCGGAGGUCUAGGACGCGCAGUGAGCUCGUGGAUGUCUCUUCACGGCGCCAAACAUUUUAUCUUCUUCUCAAGAUCGGCACAAGAUUAUGAAGACGAUGAUUUUGUCAAGGAGCUACGCACACAGAAUUGUCGCGUCGAUCUGGUUUCGGGAGAUGUCAGCAAGGAAGCUGACGUUGAUGCCCUGGUAAGCGGCUUGAGUACUCCUCUAGCAGGCGUCAUGCAGGCAUCCAUGGUUUUGAAGGAUACAUCACUUGUGAACAUGAGCUUUGACGAAUGGCAGGCAGCAGUACUUCCCAAGGUCCAAGGAACUUGGAACAUCCACAACAGCCUCGUGAAAAACGGGCACAAUGUUGACUACUUUGUGCUCUUCAGUUCCUGGUCAGGUUGCAUUGGUCAAUCGGGCCAAGCUAACUAUGCAGCUGGAAACACAUUUCUUGAUGCUUUUGUCCAAUAUCGGCACUCUCUAGGGCUAGCAUGCUCCGCUAUCAACAUUGGCGUCAUGGAAGAUGUCGGCUACGUGAGCCGGAAUUCGCGUCUUUUAGAUCACUUCCACUCGAUCUACGCUCAUACACUCCAAGAACAGAAUCUCCUGGAUACAAUCCAGUUGGUUAUUGAUAAUUCACUCCCGUCAGACUCGGAAGAGCGUGACAACGGAUCAUUCACCAGCAAAAGCCAGAUUUGUAUCGGGUUACGCACUGCAGUUCCGCUGGGCUCAUCGGACAAUCGCUCGCCCUGGAAACGAGACCCGCGCAUGGCACUUUACCACAACAUAGGCUCGGCAAGCGACGACACCCCAAAUGGCGGAAGUGGUGGAAAUGAGGAUUUCAAACAAUUCCUCCAGCAGAUCCGAGCAAUGCCUUCCCUUUUAGAGGAGCAGUCAUCUGUGGACAUAUUCGCAGAACAGGUCGGGAAAGCGCUUUUCGACUUCAUGUUAAGAGAUCAUUCUGAAAUCGACUAUGAUGCCCCUCUGAGUAGCCUGGGGAUGGAUUCGCUUCUGGCUAUUGAGCUGCGCAAUUGGUUUCGAGCAAAGGUUGGCUUGGACGUAACCACCUUGGAGAUCAUGAAUACCGGAAGUUUACGCAAGUUGGGACAUAUGACAGUUAUGAAGAUGGCAGCUAAGAUAGGGAUGUCAGAUGCCAAUACAAAUGGGGUAGUAGACUCAAGGACAGCGGAUGCAGAGGACAUGGAUGUUCGCUACUUGAACAUGAAAGCUCCAUGAUGUGCUCCUUUGGUCAGGAAACAUACUAUAGGCUCGCUCAGCAGACAGAUCAACCCGUUCAGGCUAAUGGUUUUGUUUCAAGCAUUAAUAUGAAG